ACCCUACAUCGUUCGGCCAUCGGCCACUGUAUCCGUCCGUAGUUGCUUCUGACAUCAACAACUUUCUCCUCUUAUUUUAUUGCUUCCAUCACGGAACCAAUCUCGAUAAUCACCUUUUUGCCCUCCUCUUUGGUUCAUCGCCUUUUGCAUAGCGUUUGCUUCGUCUCGUUCUAAACUUUGUAUAAUCAACCACCAGUGGCAUCAUGGCAAAGCCACAGACCGCGAAUCUGCCCCUGAUACCGCUCGCGCGAGGCACCAUCCUUCUUCCCGGCCUCGUCCAGCGAAUCCCAGUAUCUUCGAACCGUCCCGAUAUUCCUGCUCUGCUCGCCCAUGUUUACGAGCAGGCUGCUACAAAGGGCCCUGAUACGCGUAUCGACAGUAUUCCCAUCGCAUGCGUCCCAAUUUCGUCCCCUCUGAUCAGUGGCAAUGGCCAGCGACUCAUUGGCGAUGCUGAAGAUAUAGACCCCGCUGAGAUCGAGAACGUCCUUCCCGGCUCCGCUAAGAAGAAUGACCUGUUCACAUUUGGUGUUGCCGCCAAGAUCAUUGGCAUUGAUGGGAGAGGAACAGGCGAGUUUGCGCUGCGCGUCGAAGGCACAACCCGUGUCCGGAUUGACUCCUUCACCCGCGAACGCCCCUAUUUCGAAGCCAAGGUGACAUAUUUCCACGAAGACUACAAUGCUACCGACAAACAGACGCAAGACCUGUUUGCUCUCCUAAAAACCCGUUCUCGAGAACUCGUCACGAUCCUCAGGAUUUCCUCCUUGCUUCCUCGAACCCGCGAUGGCCCGGUUCUUUCACCAGUCCUUACAAGGCGACUUGAAAUGCUAAUCAUGAGGAAAGAGCUCAACGAGGCUGGUCUACUUGCCGACUUUAUGGCUAAUUUGGUUGAGAGCACACAUGAGGAGAAACUCGAGGUCCUUGCUGCUCUGGAUGUCAAGGUGCGCCUGACCAAGGUCAUUGAGUUACUGGAGCGUCAGGUUGGCGGUAUCAAGAACAAUUUUAAGAUCACGACCUUCACUACUAUGCCCGUCCAGAUCUUGGAUCGAUUGAACGAAACCAACCAAAACCGCAAGCCAGGUUCGCUACCACAAAUCCCUGGUAUGGCAUUUGUUCCGCCCAAUGGACAGAUGCCAAGGUGGACAUGAACCAAAACGAUGACCAGGAGUCCAAUGAGCUUGAUGAAUUGAAGCGCAAACUAUCCAACGCUAAACUCCCCGCUGAUGCUGCCAAGACAGUCGAUAGGGAGAUGAGACGUCUUCAGAAGAUGCAACCCAUGAACCAAGAAUAUCAAGUGACACGCAAUUGGCUCGAAACGCUAGCCGAAAUCCCCUGGACAGUUACCACGGAUGACCGCCUCGGCCCUGAUACUCUAAACCGGGCGAGGAAGCAACUUGACGAUGAUCAUUAUGGACUGGAUAAUGUCAAGAAGAGGCUCAUCGAAUAUCUAGCUGUCCUCAGGCUUAAGCAAUCGAUUAAUGAUGAGGUGGAGGAGAAGAUCAAGAAGGCACAAGAGGAAUUGGGACAGGCCGCCACAUCCAACGAGAAAGAGAAAGGAACAGCCGAGGAAGGCUCAGAGAUUGAGGGAAGCGCAAAGCCUGAGAUGGCUAAGCUUGACAUCCUCAAGUCUCAGCGUAUGGUGGACAAGUCUCCUAUCAUGCUCCUUGCUGGUCCCCCUGGUGUAGGAAAGACCAGUCUCGCGCGAUCGGUGGCUACAGCUCUUGGCCGCAAGUUUCACCGUAUCUCGCUUGGGGGUGUGAGAGACGAGGCCGAGAUUCGGGGACAUCGAAGGACCUAUGUCGCGGCAAUGCCAGGUCUCAUUGUGCAGGGUCUCAGGAAGGUCGGUGUUGCCAAUCCUGUUUUCCUGCUUGAUGAGAUUGACAAGAUCGGGCAAGCCAGCAUUCAUGGCGAUCCCUCAGCUGCCAUGUUGGAAGUCCUAGACCCGGAGCAAAACUACAACUUUCAGGAUCACUAUGUGGGCAUGCCGAUUGAUCUCUCCAAAAUUCUUUUCAUUGCCACGGCCAAUAGCCUGGACACUAUCCCCGCCCCUCUGCUUGACCGAAUGGAGACUAUCUAUAUUCCUGGCUACACAACACUCGAGAAGCGGCACAUUGCUAUGCAGCACCUGGUCCCCAAGCAGAUCAGGGUUAACGGAUUGGCCGAGUCUCAGGUUGCAUUCAACCAGGAAGUUGUUUCCAAAAUCAUCGAGUGUUACACUCGAGAGUCUGGGGUUCGCAACCUGGAGCGUGAAAUUGGCUCUGUUUGCCGUGCUAAAGCUGUCGAGUAUGCCGAAGCCAAAGAUGGGGGUCACAUAGAUGAUUACCGUUCUGAUCUCAGUGUGGAAGAUAUUGAGAACAUCCUAGGCAUUGAGAAGUUUGAAGAAGAGAUUGCUGAGAAGACGAGCCGCCCCGGUAUCGUGACGGGCUUGGUUGCUUAUAGUUCCGGCGGUAACGGAAGCAUCCUGUUUAUUGAGGUUGCCGAUAUGCCCGGCAACGGGCGGGUUCAGCUCACAGGCAAACUCGGCGAUGUGCUGAAGGAGAGUGUUGAGGUUGCCUUGACCUGGGUCAAAGCACAUGCUUUCGAGCUAGGCCUCACUCCAGAGCCCACUACGGAUAUCAUGAAAGAGCGUAGCAUCCAUGUGCACUGUCCAUCGGGCGCUAUUCCCAAGGACGGUCCCAGCAGUGGAAUUGGCCAGGCGAUCGCACUCAUCUCCUUGUUCUCGGGGAAGCCGGUACCACCAACCAUGGCAAUGACGGGCGAGAUUUCUCUCCGGGGCAGAGUUACAGCCGUCGGAGGUAUCAAGGAGAAACUCAUCGGCGCCCUCCGAGCUGGCGUCAAGACUGUGUUACUUCCGGCACAGAACCGCAAGGAUGUCAAAGAUCUUCCGCAGGAGGUCAAAGAUGGACUCGAGAUCCUUCACGUCAGCCAUAUCUGGGAGGCGAUUCGUCUUGUCUGGCCAGACUCACAUUGGGCAGAGGACACUAACUACCGAGGCAUCGAGAGUCGACUCUAAUGCUAUGGACAAGUUAUGUCGGCUGUGUUAUCACCUGUGAACAACGUCUUGCCGGUAUACAUCAGCCUUCUCUGCAUCUUUGAAACGAUCUGUGGCGACUUAUUCGACCGCAUCGCAAGUCUCCUCCCCGCGGUGGGUGUGGCCUAUCUAUCCUUACCGAGAUGGCCCAAACCAGCCCUCUUUGCGACGCAUCUAUCCGGGUCACCAAACGGCUCUUCGUCUCACAAAACCUCCCUCUCCCGUGAUUCCACGUUCUCCUUGCUGGCGGUUCUAGCCAUCGCGCCCUUGCGCACACGCAUACUUGCUUCUGUUCGAGACAGCUGGAAAGGCCUGACCGUGGCGCGCGCUGAAUUUGCAUCCCUUGCACCAUGGCGAUGAUGCAUCAUGCACUUUCUUCUCAUAUAAAGUCAAAGCCUGUACCAGACUGGAACGGUAAACGUAACGUCACAGGAAGCCAAGCGAGUCUGUGGACUUUACCGUGCUACACCAAACCGGACUCGGUCAGGGGGUGUUGAAGACGGCACCCGAUUUGAGAUAUGUCUUGUGGCUCAUCUGUUGCUAUCUUCCGAAAGUCGUUGUGGACGAUACUUGCACAUGAGAAAUCAGUGCGCCUUCGGCAGGCGAUUCCCGAGCUAGAGGGUCGAUUCCAAUGAGCAGAACUUUGUCAUUUAUGAUCGGCGAAAGGAGUCUUGAAAUCGGCGUUCAUUAUUGUCUCGGUUUGCUUCCUCAUCUAGCAUCUUUCUACUCAGACUCCAUGCCUACACUUAGUACAGUAUGUAGAUCCAGAUAUCUUUAGCGUGUCAAAAUCUUCUUAACUUGUCCCUCGCUGUCUUGGUUUCACAUGUCUUAACACAAGUUGUCUUGUCAAGAAUCUCCAACGAAUCCAAAGUUUUGUAACGAUACCCAAGAUAUAUUUCGUGAAAUAAUAGAAAUUUCAUAACCCCAA